AUAAAAGGCAGAAGGAACUGAGAAAGGGUGGGGACCUCCCUGGGAGGGGGAGGGCUGUUUACGUUAACUGGGGCCCCAGCCAUUUACAACUUUCUCUCGAAGGCAAGGCUUGCAGUUGGAUUCUGUGUGAGCUUUGCGAGAGGCGAUGGGGCAAGGACUGUUGCGCCAUGCAGGCGCUCUUGCUAUUGAGCUCCAGUGGGCUUCCAGAAGUGGGGCAAGACCCAGGCAAAAAGUCCAGAGAGGAGGGAAGUCAUGGCUUUGAAGCAGAUCGUGAAGCUCGCCAAGGAAGAAGAUAAAAGUCCCUACCGGAGAAGAAUGGCAGAUCAAGUUGCCGGAUUUCACCGAAAUGGCUAAAAUGACCGGAAGAAUCAGAAAUCAGGAAGAACAAAAUUACCUUCCAAAGGCCCAGAUGAAGAAGCCCAGAUGAGUAACCCCACAUGCAAUUCCACGGCCAUGCCGUACAGAGACAGCCAGAAUCUUCUGGUUGCGGUAUACAGCAUCGUCUUCAUCAUAGGCAUCCCAACCAACUGCUUAACUGCCUUCUUGACGCUCGUUCAGAUUCGCAGGGGAACCAUCACUGCCAUCUACCUCUGCGCCCUCUCCCUCUGCGAACUGAUGUACCUGUGCACCCUCCCUCUUUGGAUCGUCUACUUGCAAAACGGCCGCGAGUGGAAGAUGGGGGACCUAUCCUGCCAGGUGACCGGAUACAUCUUUUUCUGCAACAUCUACAUUAGCAUUCUCCUCCUGUGUUGUGUCUCUAUCGACCGCUAUGUGGCGGUCGUGUACGCGCUGGAAAGUAGAGGGAUACGGUCCCAGAAGGUGGCUGCGAUAGUCACCACCUCCCUCUUUGUCACGGUCGCCGUGAUCUACUGCCCCGUUUUUUUCCAGGAAGAAAUACAGGACAAGAACAGCACGAUUUGCUUUGAAACGCCUCUCAACCGCCGCUUGGCCUUUUACAACGUGGCACGGUUCUUUGUGGGCUUCCUCGUUCCGUUCACCCUGCUCCUUUUCAUGAACUACCGGAUCUUCCAAAGUAUCAAGAGCAGCUGCGGCCUCAGCCCACCCCAGAAAACUAAAGUGAAGUACCUGGCGAUUGCCAUCAUCGCCAUAUUCCUGGUCUGCUUCGCCCCUUACCAUGUUGUGCUGCUCAUAAGGUCCGGGGUCUACUUCCUCUACCCAGCGGAGAGCUGCAGUUUCGAGAGAGGCGUCUACACUAUAUCUGUGGUGUUCCUCUGCUUCUCUACCGCCAACAGUGUGGCAGACCCCUUCAUCUACGUGCUGGCUAGCGAGAACGCCAGGCGUGAAAUUUGCCGGGCUUUCGCGGCGUGUGGGAUUUCACUCUCCGUCAGCUCCAGGACGGACAGCAGCAAGGCCGACGAUUCCCAGAGGCCACCGAAGGAGAUAGGCACGUUAGGAAAUAAAGAGGACAGGUAGCGCCAACUCCUCCGUAGGACUUCUGUGUUAAAAAGCAAGUGGGUGGUGGCCGUUUUCUUCAGAAGGGAGGGAACGCCUUCAUCUUCCCCUUAUGUCACUCGGGCUGAGUAACAACUGGCCCACUUUGGAGGAUAAGCACUGGCCAGUGUAUGGUGUGGUCUCGUUUGCAUUGUGUCCAGUGAAUAGCCCUUUCAGCAAAUCCUGGCUGUUAUACAUAUCAGGAUGAUGUCAUGAUGUCGUGACUUGCAGCUGAAUCUGGGGGAUGCUUGUUGAUGCACCAACGAAAGACCCCACAGCACCGGGAGACCCUGCUGGUGAGGAAGCCGGCGUCGCUUGUGCAUGGUUUAUUAUUUAUUGACCUCUGUGCUUAAGAGGGAAGGGUUGGAAUAUAGCAGUUCAAGAGAAUGCUAAAUGCAAAGAGGAAACUAUUGCUUUACUUCUUUGGGGUAUCCUUUUUGUGUGUGUGCGCGAUAUUGGACCUUGUACAAAACCUCACAAGUUUGUAUCUUGAAUAAACGACCCACUUUUUCACUGCAUGCAUGACGUCUAAUGUUCACAACAAACGCUGCACGGAAAGCGUGUGGAU